AUGGACGGGGACGAUCUCAUCGCCUCGGUCUACCGCAAGAUCGAGCGGGAAAAGGCCCUUAUCACCGCUGCGUCGAACAUGCGACAGUCGACCGAUAAUCCCAUGGUGCAGCAGCGAGUCGAUGCGAACAUCCGCGAUGGCCGGAAGAACAUUGCUUACCUGGAGGAGAAGAUGCGGGAGCUGCAGCUCCGUCGCGAUGGAGGAGGUUCCCCCACCGAUAAGCGUCUCCCGCCCAACCCUGAGGCUGGUCCCAUGACCCCUCAGAAGGACUAUCCCCAGGGAUAUGGUGGGAACGACGAGUACGGCGAUGGCUCCGGGCCGUACCCGCACGGAGGAUCUGGUUCCAUGCCGUCAGGGGCCCCAUACGCAGACCCCCGGCCUUUCGCUCCCGUGCCCAAGGCCCGGCCCAAUUACACGAAGCUGGACUUGAUCAAAUAUGAUACUUCUUACCUCGGACCCAAGAUCCAGCUCAUGCUGUCACAGCUCGAAUUCAAGCUGAGCGUGGAGAAGCAGUACAAGGCCGGUAUUGAGAAGAUGGUUCGCCUAUAUCAGGAUGAGGGGGAUAGGAAGAGCCGGACGGACGCCGAAGGUCGGCGAAUUGAGAGUAACCAGAAGAUCCAGUUGCUCAAGCAGGCCCUCAAACGUUAUGAAGAUCUUCACGUCGACAUUGAAUCGACGGAUACCCCUGAUGAUGAAAGCUUAAGCACACCCAACCUGCGAAAGCCCCUCACCGGGCUCUUGACAUUCCGGAUCCAUGCCGUCAAGGACGUAGACCAUGCUACUAGCUCGAGAUUUUCCCGAGGCCCCGAAACGUUCAUAGUGCUUAAGGUGGAGGAUACCAUCAAGGCCAGGACAAAAGCGACGCGGAUCGACAGGUGGCAGGACGAAACAUUCACCAUCGACAUUGAUAAAGCAAAUGAGAUUGAGCUUACGGUAUAUGACAAAGCCGGAGACCGGCCUACUCCAAUUGGUAUGCUCUGGGUGCGCAUCUCGGAUAUCGCUGAAGAGAUGCGUCGUAAAAAGAUCGAGAGCGAGUUCAACGCAUCGGGACCCGGGGGCCCUGCUGGGGGCUCGGGUCAAGCUUACGGUGAUGCUACUGGUGGCGCGUCUGCCGGGGGCCAGGUGAUGAUCGAUUCGUGGUUCGCGCUGGAACCAGUGGGUCGGAUUUAUCUCUCAAUGAGUUUCGCCAAGCAGCUGAAGGACCGACGGCCGUUCGACAUCGGUCUCAACCGCCAGGGUGCAGUUCGGCAGAAGAAGGAGGAGGUCCACGAGAAGCAGGGCCACAAGUUUAUCACUCAGCAGUUCUACAACAUCAUGCGUUGUGCCCUCUGCGGCGACUUCCUCAAAUACGCUGCCGGGAUGCAGUGCGCCGACUGCAAGUACACUUGCCAUAAGAAGUGCUACCCUAAGGUGGUGACCAAGUGUAUCAGCAAGGCGAACUAUGAGACCGAUCCCGACGAGGAAAAGAUCAACCACCGUAUCCCGCAUCGUUUCGAAGGUUUCUCCAAUAUCUCCGCCAACUGGUGUUGCCACUGUGGGUAUUUGCUUCCCUUUGGGCGGAAGAAUGCAAAGCGAUGCAGCGAGUGUGGUCUUACCUGCCACGCGCACUGUACUCAUCUGGUGCCUGAUUUCUGUGGUAUGUCCAUGGAGGCAGCCAACCAAAUCUUGGAAACCCUGAUUCGCACCAAGCACCACAAGACUGCGUCCGUCAGCUCUGGUCUCAGUGGCCCCACGCUUCGACCCAGUGGUGCCUCUCGGGGCUCUCAGGACAACCCAGCCAUGUCCUACCCACAGCGUCCUGGCGAGAGCCCAUAUGGAGCACCCCCGCGACAGCCUUCCGCUGAAGCUGUGAGCGCGGCCAACAACUCCUAUCCACCUCCGCAGUCCCCGACAGCUGCUGCCAGGCAGCCAAUGCCCCCGAGAACGUCGUCGUCGAACGCUGCGGUCGCCGCUGCCGCUGCGGCGACAGGAAUGACCCCACCACAGCAGACGCCAGUCGAGCAGAGUCGCCCCAUGCCACCGCCGCUGGCCACCUACGACCCGAAAGCGUACGAACCAUACGCCAAUGCCCCGCAAGGUAUCCCGCCUCAAAUCCAGCACGCACCUCCGCCCACGUAUGGUGUACCUACACAGGAUCCUAUGCAGAUGGUUCCACAGAAGCCGGCCGAGGUUCCUCAGCAACAGGCGAAGGUCCGGAUUGGAUUGGAUCACUUCAAUUUCCUGGCGGUUCUGGGCAAGGGUAACUUCGGAAAGGUCAUGUUGGCGGAAACCAAGAGCGCCAAGAAGCUUUACGCAAUCAAGGUCUUGAAGAAGGAGUUCAUCAUUGAGAAUGAUGAAGUCGAAAGCACCAAGUCCGAGAAGCGAGUAUUCAUGAUCGCGAACAAAGAGCGCCACCCCUUUUUACUCAAUCUUCACGCUUGUUUCCAGACCGAAACUCGUGUUUACUUCGUCAUGGAGUACAUCAGCGGUGGUGAUCUGAUGUUGCACAUUCAGCGCGGCCAAUUUGGUCUCAAGCGGGCCCAGUUCUACGCCGCGGAGGUUCUUCUAGCCCUCAAGUAUUUCCAUGAGAACGGUGUCAUUUACCGUGAUUUGAAGCUCGACAACAUCAUGCUGACCCUGGACGGCCAUAUCAAGGUUGCUGAUUACGGUCUUUGCAAGGAGAACAUGUGGUACGGAGCUACGACGAGCACGUUCUGUGGUACUCCGGAAUUCAUGGCGCCCGAGAUUCUCCUGGAUAAGAGAUACGGCCGGGCCGUUGACUGGUGGGCCUUCGGGGUACUGAUCUAUCAGAUGCUUUUGCAGCAGUCUCCGUUCCGCGGUGAAGAUGAAGAUGAAAUCUACGAUGCCAUUCUCGCGGAUGAGCCGCUGUAUCCCAUCCACAUGCCCCGAGAUUCGGUCUCUAUCCUCCAGAAGCUGCUGACGCGUGAGCCGGAACUGCGUCUUGGUUCGGGCCCCACGGAUGCGCAGGAAGUCAUGUCCCAUGCCUUCUUCCGCAACAUCAACUGGGAUGAUAUUUAUCAUAAGCGCGUUCCCCCGCCUUUCAUGCCAAGCAUCAGCAGCCCUACCGAUACCAGCAACUUUGACCAGGAGUUCACCAGCGUGACUCCGGUCCUGACGCCCGUGCAGUCCGUUCUCUCCCAGGCGAUGCAAGAGGAGUUCCGCGGCUUCUCGUACACCGCCGACUUCGCAUGA